AUGGUGGACGUCGAGCAGGAGCAGCCACACUGCUCGCCUGACGCGAGCGGGGCCCACAGCCCUCAUCAUCACCAGGGGUGUUGCACCCCUAUACCCGCGCAGUCCGCAGCCAUUAAUGGUGACGCAAAUCAUGCCCUUCCGGAUCCUCAGCAGCCGGUGUUGAACGGAGGGACCGCAGGUAUCGGCUGCGUCCACCAAGUUCAGGACAACGCUGACCCUGUCAUCAAUGGCAAUCGCGCUAACCCGAAACAGGAGGUGAACGGGCUGCUGGACUUGGCCUCUCGCUGGAAGUUGGAUGCGUGCUGCCCUGCAACCGACGCCAAAGGUGCAAUGCACGAGCUUCAGCGCCAGCUGCAGCAGGAGCGCAUGCGUCGCAUGAAGGCUGACCAACACCGUCACCUUCUUUCGAGACUGCUAGGCGAGGUGUCGUGCCAAAACACUGGAGAAAAGCAGACUCCCGCCGCUGCCGCCCUCUCUACUUCAGAACAGGACGGCGCACUGGAAGAGCUACGCCAGCAGCUGCACGCACUACAAGAAAAGCUCUCCACGGAGCGAGCGCGGCACUCGAAGCAGCGUGAGGAACUCCUUUCAGAGAAUGAGCAGCUCAAGAAGCGGCUAGGGCAGCAGCAUCGAGAGCAGAGUGCUCGAAUCGAGAAGUUCCUGAAGGACAAUGAGGAUGCCGUAAAGCGAAUGGAAGAUGCGCUGCAGAAACGAGAGGAGGAGGUGCGGGCCGUCUACACUCAAGCGCUGCAGGAGCGUGACGUGCGUAUAGCCCAGCUCUCGCAAGAGGUCCUUCAGCACACGCACGGGGCUCGUCAGCUGGCCGCCGUGCGCAGCGACGAAGAGCGACUUCACGCCCAGCGCGCAGCACACCUCGAAGACAUGGCAGUGCAGCUGCGCGAGUGGAACCUAUCCUUGCAGCGACAGCUAGCAGACGCCAAUGACGAGGUGCGGCGACUGCGUCAGCGACUCGAGGUGAUGGAUGCUGCCUCUGUGCACGACAUCAAAGACUGUGCGCUUGUGUCGGGGGCUGCGGGCAGAGAGCUGGCCGGAGCCUGCUUCCCCUGUGGUGAGCUGUCUCGUGCGCAGGCGGUUCAGCUUGCGACGCAACUCUAUCAUUCCCAGCAGCUACUGCAGGAGUGCAGGGAAGAGAAUCAGACCAAGUCAAAGGAACUAAUGCGAGCCGCUCAGCUCAUAGACGCAUUGAAGGAGGGACUCCGCCGUGUCAAGAUGGACCUCGGCGCGGGCUCCACCCCUGCUGCUCCAGCCACUAGGAUGCCGUCCCCAUAA